GAGUUACGGCUCAAAUAGUGGCUAGUGAAGUCAAGCGUGAACAGCGGCUCUCAAAGCCUUAUCUAAACAGUAUUCCAGUGUUAAAAGCAUCAAAAGAGGCCACCAUGACUGACAGGAAGGCAGUAAUAAAGAAUGCUGAUAUGUCUGAGGACAUGCAGCAGGAUGCAGUGGAUUGUGCCACACAGGCUAUGGAGAAGUACAACAUCGAGAAGGACAUUGCUGCAUAUAUCAAAAAGGAGUUCGAUAAGAAGUACAAUCCCACAUGGCAUUGUAUUGUGGGACGGAACUUUGGCAGUUACGUGACGCACGAAACGAAGCAUUUCAUCUACUUUUACUUGGGUCAGGUGGCCAUCCUGCUCUUUAAAUCGGGCUGAGGAACAUCUGACAAUCGUGAAAGCUGGACAGCAGAUUUGGACUGUGAUGCACUGAGGCUUGAGCCGCACACACACACACACACAAACAUGCACACAUGCUUACAUUCUCUCUCUCUCACACACACAGACACACACAUACACACACACACACACACACACACACACACACACAGACAUUACUUUAGCUAUAGAGGCUGUGCAUAAUUGCAUGGACCGUGUAUAUUAUUUUAUUUGUAUAUGUUGCAAUACAGUAACUUUUUUGCUUUCUGUAGUUGCACGAGAUGACGCAACAAGAUGUUUUGGGGUUUUUUGUUAGGUUUUUUCCAAGUCCAAAUUUAUUUUGCACUAAAGUUGUACAAAAUGCUUUGACCGCUGCCUUUAAAUUAUAUUAAAGAAUGAUAUGUCAUACUU